AUGGAUAAACAUGGACUUCCAGACCUUUACGACGCAUCCAUCGCAGAGCUACAGAAAGGAAUGGUCGAAGGGCUUUUCACGAGCGUCGACCUUGUUAGGACGUACCUUGCUCGGAUAGACGAAGUCAACCAUAAAGGACCUCAGCUCCGCGCAGUCAUCGAGACGAACCCGCGCGCACUUGAACAAGCCGCGGCCCUUGACGAACGUCGCAAGACUCGGGGGCCCCUUGGACCGCUGCACGGCAUCCCCUUGCUGCUAAAGGAUAAUAUCGCCACCGCGCACGAGGAUGGCAUGCAAACGACCGCAGGUUCACAUGCCCUAGUCGGGUCCAUCGUCCCCCGCGCUUCGCACGUCGUCUCUCUCCUCACCCAGGCUGGCGCCAUCAACCUCGGCAAAGCCAACCUCUCCGAGUUCGGCAAUUUUCGCGGGAAAGUGUCUCAAGGUUUUUCGGGGCGCGGCGGGCAGACCCUUUGUCCCUAUGAGCCCAACGCGAAAGGGUGCCCGGGAGGGUCGAGCAGUGGAAGUGCUGUCAGUGUUGCGGUAGGCCUGGCGGCAGGCGCAUUAGGCACCGAGACGGACGGCUCGAUCUUGAGUCCGGCGAGUAGGAAUUGCGUGGUGGGGCUCAAGACGACAGUGGGGUUGAUUUCAAGGGCUGGGGUGAUCCCCAUUUCGUCAACUCAAGACGUCAUUGGCCCAAUCUGUCGCAGCGUCGCGGACGUAGCUAUCAUACUCUCGACAAUAGCAGGUCCAGACCCUCGGGACGAAGUCACGCGCUCUCAGCCUUCCUCCAUCCCUGAUUACGUGGCUGCACUACGCGCCGACGCUGUGAAAGGUGUACACGUCGGCAUACCACGCAAGCUCAUCGACCCCAACGAACGACCUGGUAUGAACCAAGCGUUCGAAGUGGCCCUGGGCGUCCUUCGGCAGCUUGGUGCCGUCAUUGUCGAGGACGCGAAUCUGCCAUCUACGGAGGAGAUCAGACUGUUCCCAGAAGCUGAGAGAACGGUUAUGACCUGCGAUCUCAAGGCGGACCUCAACAAAUAUCUCAGCGAGCUUGUUGAGGUACCGACAGGCGUGCGCUCUCUAGCAGAUCUCAUUGAAUGGAAUAAAGCUCACCCGGAGCUGGAGCUUGUUUCCCCGCACUUCGAGGAUCAGUACAGGUUCAUUCAAGCGGAGGAAACGAGUCGAGAUGACGCGUAUUACGCCGCACGGGAGAUAGCUCGAGAACUCGGUCGAGAACGCGGGAUUGAUGCUGCCCUCAAAAAGUACGGUGUUGAUGUAUUUGUUCUGCCAAAGAACGGAGCAUCAUCUAGAGCUGCUGCUCUCGCGGGAUACCCUGCAAUAACGGUGCCCAUGGGCUACAUGCCCGACGAUACUCAACACGUCAGCUAUCCUCCAUCGCCCCUGUACGACGAAUGGCCAGGGUGCCCGUUUGGCCUUGUGUUCUUUGGAGCUGCAUAUAGCGAAGCCAAACUACUGGGGUGCGCAUAUGCGUUCGAACAGGCGACGAGGGUGCGUGGUCAGAAAAGACCAUGCGAAUGGGCGGUGCCGAAGACCCAGCUGGCUGACGUUGUGGCCAAGAAAGCAUAG